AGGGCUCAACGCGCUGAAAACACAUACGGCUAAUAACACUAAAGUAACCGGGAGACUUGAGGGACUGACCGAGAGCUUCAAACAUUGGUUCUGGUUAUUUGCUUGCUGUUUAAAGAGAAACAGUAACAAACACGCUAGAUACAAAGUCAUUAUCACAUAGCAUCCAGUCCAUGGUAACAUUUAGAGAGGAGCUUUGGCGCCCUCUUCUGGCUACAGUUGGUAACUACAACUCCGUUAUCAAGUUAGAGGAGUUGCAUACAUACAAGACUUCCUGUUAAACCCAACCUUCCAAAAUAAAACGUGGUUUUAAUUUGCACGUUUUAUCGACAGUAUAACUUUACAGUUGAGUCAGAGUUCAUGCUAGUGGAGUUCACAUGAUGAGAAACCCUUAAACCCUAUUCUAGCGACAACAAAGGGACCCGGAUGUAACCAAUGCAUCCUUAUCAGGGUAAGACCCGGAUGUAACCAGUGCUAUCAGGGUAAUUGAUUGAAAAGUUUAUUAACAGCUUGUAUAUUGGGUACAGUACAGGUAAGCUAAAAUGAAAUUAAAUACGCACUUCUUCUAGCCUUUUACCGUCAAAUUUACAUUGAAAUAUGACUCAUAAUACGGCGAAAUAAAGACAGGAUACAUGUUAAAACGUGUAUUAACUACCUAGCUCUCAGUUAGUCCCUCGAGUCUCCCGAUUACCUUAGCUCUAUGUGUUAGCCGUAUGUGUUUUCAGCGCGUCUCGGCCACCGUAUGAUUAGCACACAACAUUAGCCGAAGCUAAACGAACUGUUUUCUUCAAAUAACAUGUCUUCCCGCUUAGUGAGUAGAUGUAGAAGAUAUGAUACGUUUCUGUAUCAAGUUGACUACAAUACCGUGCAGUCAGAUAAAGUCGUAAAGUAAAAUUGAACGUUUUAAAAACUAAAAUACACUUCCGUCGGUUACAAACAAUGUUUUAUUCUGAAGGAUGUUACCGAAAGUGGUAUGUAAUAUGCAAUUCCUCUAGCUUGACAGGAAAGCAGCUGCAGUACCUCACCGUGACCACAAGAGGGCGUUAAUACCCACUUUCUGAACAUAGUGCCUUUAAUAUACAUUUUCACUGAGGCCUUUUACCGACCAGUUUACAUUGAAAUAUGACUCAUAUUACGGCGAAAAAACGACAGAAUCAUGUUAAAAAAUGUAUUAACUCCACUAGCUCGAAGGCAGACACACUAUUUUAGUAAUACCUAGUAGUUUAAUGUAUAACUGUUACUUCAAGUCUGUGUUAUCAAGUUAAAUAAGUUACUUAAAACACUGCAUUACCUGUAAAUGUAUAUAAAGUAUACAUUAAAAGGAAUAUAACAAAGUGUACAUGUGUAUGAAUGAAUUACAGAGUAGUUCCUAUUGCAGGAUGUUCUGUGUUUAUUUAUAUAUAUAUAUAUAUUGGUGUCAACAUAAUGCUGAAAAUCGCUUGAAUUGGACUUUUAUUCAAUUAAAUAAUUGUAAUCUUGUGGUUUAUAAUGCUCUUAUGUGUGCAUUUUAUGUUUUUAUUAGAUACUUGUUGACAUGAUUCAAAUGCUAAAUGCAGGAUGUUAUAUUUCAAUAUUUGUAUGAUAUUAUAUACUUGGUAAUAUGAUAUCUGAAAGCUAAAUACAUUUUAAAAAGACAGUUCUCAUUUGCAUAAUUAUUUGCAUUCAAAUCAAAUGAUCUUUUUACACAGUAACCUACAUUGAUUUACUGAUUAACUAUUCCUCGAGUACCACACGGUCCCUGCAGGGGGAUACACACACGCACACGCACAGACACACACACACACACACACACACACACACACACACACACACACACACACUGAUUGAUUCCUGAGAAAGUGUGUGUUAUGAUUGAAAGAUGUUUCUGCUUCAGAGACACUGAGUUUAUUAAAAGUCUCAAUAAAUCCGAUCUAUCAGAUAUUGCUGUAUUGAUUUAAUAAUACAUGAAAGUCCUUGAAAUACUUCUAUAAAGGUGUUAUUUAUAUGAAAAGGGAUUUCAAGGCUAUUAUUGACUCUUUUUGAAACCCUCUCUUUAUGAGGAUUCUUCCACAUUGUUUUGAUGGUUUUAUUUUGAAAAUUCGGAGCGGAAGUUGUAGCUUUUAAGUGGCUGUUUGCUAACAGUUUAUAUCAAGGGUUAAAUAUUCUUGACUCUUUUUGAACCCUCUUGCUAUAGAGGCUUCCUAAUGACGUCACGCGAAAUCCCAUGACGUCAUUAGGAAGCCUCUAUGCGGAAUCCUUUUUACUGUAUUCAUUUAUAAUGUUUAUGCCAAAAAUAGUGUUUUCAUUGCAGAUUUUAUUUUGAAAGUAAUGAGCGGAAGUCGUGUGUUAGCUCCAGAGCGGCUAGCUUUAGCUCUGUAUUAUCGUAGGCUCUGAUUACUCGUUUAUGGAACUCUAUCUCAUUCUGAAUAUUUCAUAGUUUCUAUUAAUUUAAUGUUUUCUUCUUCUGAGGAAAAUAAAAUGAUUUAAAUCAAAGUUUUUGGCUGGUUUUAUUUUGAAAGUAAUGAGCGGAAGUCGUGUGUAGCUCCAGAGCGGCUAGCUUUAGCUCUGCGUGCUAACAGCAACAACAGCAGUUUUUAAGCUGAAUUGUGUAAUAAAAGCCAUUAAUAACAACAUGGAGAGCUCGGCUCCGAAGAGGCGGGAGAGCAAGAAGUCUCUGCGGGUGAAAGUCAUCAGUCUGGGCAACGCCGAGGUCGGGAAGAGCUGCAUUAUUAAACGUUACUGUGAGAAGAGGUUUGUUCCUAAAUAUCUGGCGACCAUCGGCAUCGACUAUGGCGUCACCAAAGUUCAGGUCCGCGACAGAGAAAUCAAGGUGAACAUUUUCGACAUGGCCGGACAUCCCUUCUUCUACGAAGUGCGUAAUGAGUUCUAUAAGGACUCCCAGGGCGUGCUUCUGGUGUACGACGUGGGUCUGAGGGAGAGUUUCGAGGCGUUGGACAGCUGGCUCGGGGAGAUGAAACAGGAAAUGGGGUCUCAGGCGAACAUGGACAGCAUCGUGUUUGUGGUCUGCGCCAACAAGGUGGACCUGACGAAGAGACGUGUGGUCGAUGAAGGCGAGGGACGACUCUUCGCUGAGUCUCGAGGGUUUCAUUACUUUGAGACGUCAGCGCAGAGCGGCGAGGGGAUCAACGAGAUGUUCCAGGCGUUCUUCUCCUCCAUCACCGACAUGUGUGAGAACGGUGGAAAGCGUCCGGUGACGGAGCUCAGCGUGGGGUUCACUAAAGAGCAGGCGGACACCAUCAGACGCAUCAGAAACAGCAAGGACUCCUGGGACAUGCUGGGGGUCAAACCAGGGGCCACACGGGAGGAAGUGAACAAGGCGUACAGGAAGUUGGCGGUGUUGCUUCAUCCUGAUAAAUGUGUUGCCCCCGGCAGCGAAGAUGCCUUCAAGGCCGUGGUGAACGCUCGCACCUCACUACUGAAGAACAUCAAAUAACACUUCACUCUGAUUGGACGUCCCAUGCUCGGCCAAUCACACGCAGCCGCUCUGACAGUGGUUAUUUAUUUAUUUAUUGUAAAGGUGUGUGUGCCAACGUUCGUCCGGUUUAACUUAUUUACACUUUAUCUGGACUGGCCUCUGUGUUGCUGUUAGAGGAAGACGAGGAAGAAGAGGAAGAAGAAGAAGACGAGGAAGAGUCAGAGCGGUUAAAUAUUAUAGAAACGUGUUAAAAAUGACGAGUUAAAAUGUCCAUCUUAAAGCCUGUUUGCCAAAACAAAGCUCCUCCCGACUUUAGUUCCCUAAAGCGACUUUAGUUCCCUAAAGCGGCUUUAGUUCCCUAAAGCGGCUUUAGUUCCCUAAAGCGACUUUAGUUCCCUAAAGCGGCUUUAGUUCCCUGAAGUCACGUUAGUUCCCUGAAGUCACGUUAGUUCCCUGACGUGACUUUAGUUCCCUAAAGCGACUUUCGUUCCCUAAAGCGGCUUUAGUUCCCUGAAGUCACGUUAGUUCCCUGAAGUCACGUUAGUUCCCUGAAGUCACGUUAGUUCCCUGACGCGACUUUCGUUCCCUAAAACGACUUUCGUUCCGUAAAGCGACUUUAGUUCCCUGAAGUGACGUUAGUUCCCUAAAGCGACCUUAGUUCCCUCAAGCGGCUUUAGUUCCCUGAAGCGGCUUUAGUUCCCUGAAGCGACCUUUGUUCCCUAAAUCGGCUUUAGUUCCCUAAAGCGACUUUAGUUCCCUGGAGCGGCUUUAGUUCCCUAAAGCGACUUUAGUUCCCUAACGCGGCUUUAGUUCCCUGAAGUCACGUUAGUUCCCUGAAGUCACGUUAGUUCCCUGACGUGACUUUAGUUCCCUAAAGCGACUUUCGUUCCCUAAAGCGGCUUUAGUUCCCUGAAGUCACGUUAGUUCCCUGAAGUCACGUUAGUUCCCUGAAGUCACGUUAGUUCCCUGACGCGACUUUCGUUCCCUAAAACGACUUUCGUUCCGUAAAGCGACUUUAGUUCCCUAAAGCGACCUUAGUUCCCUCAAGCGGCUUUAGUUCCCUGAAGCGACCUUUGUUCCCUAAAGCGACUUUAGUUCCCUGGAGCGGCUUUAGUUCCCUGAAGCGACGUUAGUUCCCUAACGUCACGUUAGUUCCCUAAAGUGACUUUUGUUCCCUGAAGCGGCGUUAGUUCCCUGACGUCACGUUAGUUCCCUAAAGUGACUUUUGUUCCCUGAAGCAACUUUAGUUCCCUGACGUGACUUUAGUUCCCUGACGUGACUGUAGUUCCCUGAAGCGACGUUAGUUCCCUAAAGUCACGUUAGUUCCCUGACGUGACUUUUGUUCCCUGAAGCGGCGUUAGUUCCCUGACGUGACUUUAGUUCCCUGACGUGACUUUAGUUCCCUGACGCGACUUUAGUUCCCUGAAGCGACUUUAGUUCCCUGGCGUCACGUUAGUUCCCUAAAGUGACUUUUGUUCCCUGAAGUGGCUUUAGUUCCCUGAAGCGACAUUAGUUCCCUAACGUCACGUUUGUUCCCUGAAGCGGCGUUAGUUCCCUGACGUGACUUUAGUUCCCUGACGUGACUUUAGUUCCCUAAAGUGACUCCCUCCAAACUGUGCCAUUACAUCCACGUGUACUUUUUUACUCUUAUCCUUGAAUGACAGAUUUGUUCCCGUAUAUUACUGCCUGACUAAUAUUAAAUAACUUGUGCCAA